AUGGACUCUCUUGUUGCAGCAAAUACCAAAUUUUGCUUUGACAUUUUCCAAGAGAUAAGCAAAAAUGAUGGUCAUAAAAAUAUCUUUUUCUGUCCUCUGAGCCUCUCGGCUGCCCUUGGUAUGGUCCGCCUCGGGGCUAGAAAUGACAGUGCACGUCAGAUUGAUGAGGUGCUACACUUCAAUGAAAUUUCCCAGGAUGAGGGCAAAGAUGUCAAUCCCUGUCUGAAAAGUAAAAAAGAAGUGCCGGCUGACAGCUCUCCAGAGGGGCAGAAAGGGACGGCAGGAUCAGUGGGUACAGAGACUGAGUCUUCCAAGGAAGAGAAUGAACUACUUGGCUGCUAUUUCGGGAAGCUUCUCUCCAAAAUAGACAGGAUCAAACCUGAUUACACCAUGAGUAUGGCCAACCGGCUUUAUGGAGAGCAGGAAUUCCCAAUCCGCCCAGAAUAUGUAGAUGGUGUGAUUGAAUUUUACCACACAACGAUUGAAAGUGCUGAUUUUCGGAAAGACCCUGAGAACUCCAGACAAAUGGUUAACUUCUGGGUUGAAUCUCAAUGCCAAGGUAAAAUCAAGGAGCUCUUCAGCAAGGGCACGAUUAAUGACGCGACGGUGCUGGUGCUGGUGAAUGCUGUUUACUUCAAGGCCAAAUGGGAAAGAUGCUUUGAUUAUAAAGACACAGUCGAUGCACCUUUCUUUAUAAAUGAGAAUGAAAAGAAGAAUGUGAAGAUGAUGAAACAGAAGGGUUUAUUUAGACUUGGCUCCAUAGAGAAGCUGAAAGUGCAGAUUCUGGAGAUAAGGUACACCAAAGGGGAGCUCAGCAUGUUUGUCCUGCUGCCUUCUUCCUCUGAAGACAACCUGAAGGGCCUGCAAGAGCUUGAAAGGAAGAUCACCUACGAAACCAUAGCAGCCUGGUGCAGCUCAGAAAACAUGUCAGAAGAGAAAGUAGAUGUCUCCUUCCCCCAGUUCACCCUGGAAGACACCUAUGAUCUCAAUUGCAUUCUCCAAGACCUGGGCAUUACGGACAUCUUUGAUGAAAGCAAGGCUGAUCUUACUGGAAUCUCUCUAAGUCCCAAUUUGUAUUUAUCCAAGGUGGUCCACAAAGCCUUUGUGGAGGUGGAUGAAAAUGGCACAGAGGCAGCCGCAGCCAGUGGUUCUGUGGGCAUGGAAAUGUCAGUGCCAUCUUGGGUGGAAUUUAAUGCCAACCACCCUUUCCUCUUUUUCAUCAGACACAACAAAACCCAAAGCAUUCUCUUCUAUGGCCGGGUCUGCUCUCCUUGA